AUGAACCCUAAGCAAGUUCAGAAAUUCUCUACGGAGUACCAAGAACAAGAAGACUCGGUCAUCGUCUCGGCUCUCACGCACGUGAUCAGCGGCUGUGAUGGUGAUGAUCCCACCACCACCAAUCUACUACAAGCCCUCCAGGGUUCCACAAGUGGGAACAACAUUCUCCCGCCAAAUAAUGAAGAAGAGAAGGAAAAGAGUGCAGAGACGUCCAAGGACGAGGAGGAGAAGAAGAAGUACAGGGGAGUCCGGAAGAGGCCGUGGGGGAAGUGGGCUUCGGAGAUACAAGAUACCCUGCAAGCGAAGCGGGUGUGGCUGGGCACGUUCGAUACAGGAGAGGAGGCGGCGAGGGCUUAUGACAAGGCUGCCAUUGUGUUCCGCGGAGCCAAAGCCAAGCUUAACUUCCCACUCUCAGAUUAUAAUACAGUCUAUACAGAGGGAUCAAACUCAAACUCGGAAAUAAACCGAGAAAACGAAGAGCUUAAUCCGAAUGCAAUUGACCAGGCGAUGAAUAGCGAAACAGAGACGCCACAAAGCUCGCAGUACGGAAGCAAUGAAGAGCCCAGACCCAACUCGUUGGAGACACGGACAAGUAUGGAAGAGAGUGAAGAGUUCUGGAAAGAUCUUCCUCCACUAUAG